AUGGCCUCCGCGAGCCAGGUUCUUACAAGUCUCCAGGCUGCUGGUCUCAGCGAUGUGCUAUACCUCCCAGGGGAACAAGGCUACAAUGCCCGCAUAGCUUCGUACUGGUCGCUGACGGCGCAGCUUCAGCCGUGGGGCAUUGUUCAACCACGAAAUACUCUGGAGGUCUCCAAGGCAGUCAAGGCUAUUGUGGCUGCUCCGGAUGUUAAGUUUGCGGUGCGAAGCGGUGGCCAUAUGGCAUGGGCGGGCGCAAACAAUAUUGCUGAUGGCAUUACAAUUGAUCUUGGUCUGAUGCGUAGCACGACCUAUAAUCCUGAGACAGAGAUCGCGUCACUGCAGCCCGGUGGGACGUGGGCGGCUUCGUACAAGGAGCUAGAGAAGGAUGGACGGAUGGUUGCUGGUGGCCGUGAGGGUAAAGUCGGCAUAGCUGGCUUGUUAACUGGCGGCGGCAAGACGUUUUAUACCUGUCGAGUCGGAUUUGCCUGCGACCAGGUCGUCAACUACGAGGUCGUCUUAGCCGACGGCAGUAUUGUAAAUUCCAAUGAUAAGACCAACCCAGAUCUCUUUCUGGCCCUCAAAGGCGGCGGAAACAACUUUGGCAUCGUGACGCGCUUUGAUAUGACAACAUUCCCUGCUAGAGAUAUCUGGAACUGCGCCGUCACGUACCAGAAAGAGUCCACUGCACAGCUGUCAGAGGCCAUGGUGCAUUUUGUCGGGAAUCUCGCUGCGUAUCCAAACGACCAUCUUCUUGCCAUGUGGACCUAUCUCCCCAAGGCGAACGACCAUUUCUUAUUUCUGGAUUUGAUGAAUCUAGACGGAUCCGAGAAGCCCGAGACGCUGCAGAAAUUCUUAGAUAUCCCAGGGCAGAUGCAGCAUUACACGGCCUCGAUUGCGACGAAGCUUGAAUCUUUUAUCGUCCCCUCGGGAAAGCACGACACCUGGUUCACCCUGACGUUCAAAUCAGACGUGCGCAUUAUCCGAAAAGCCGCAGAGGUCUUCGAAUCACUCCUCGAGACAAUAAAAGGCCGAAUCCCAGACCACAACUUCUAUUUCAGCAUGGUCCUCCAGCCACUCCUUCCGUCAUUUGGCGCGCACUCUGCCGCUCGCGGCGGCAACAUGAUGGGACUGGACAGGAUCAGAGACGACUGCAUCCUCCUGGUCUGGGCUGUUGAAGUUGAAAAACCAGAGCUAAAUGCCACCGUUGGAGCGCCGGCUCUUAAAGCCGCCAUUAGUGAGAUUGAGGCGUUUGCGAGGUCGGUGGGUGGGGAUGUGGGCUUUCGGUAUUUGAACUACAGUGAUGGAACCCAGGACCCGCUGGGAAGUUAUGGAGAGGAUAAUAUAAGGAAGAUGAAGGAGGCUGCGAGGAAGUUUGAUCCUGAGGAAGUCUUUCAAAGGAGGGUGCCUGGGGGGUUCAAGAUUUCGAAAGUAGCUGAUCCUGAGUAG